CAAUGGCUUACAAAUUCUAUUCGGCAUUUGUCUGUAACAAUUUCCAACAGAAGCUGGGCUAGCCCAGUCCUAGGGUCUCCUUGCACUGUGAACCGAUUCCUCAUUUUUUUUUUUAACUACUGUGUCCCUGAAGAAACCAGAAUGUCAACAAACUUUGUCUCUCCCCAGAUGGAGAGGUCCCUGGAGUCGGGCAACAUGACCAGAAUCCAGGAGUUUGUCUUGCUGGGCUUGUCCGCCAGGCUGGGCAUGAGGGAUGUCCUGUUUGCCGUCUUCCUGACCCUCUACCUGCUGACCCUCCUGGAAAACACGGUCAUCAUCUAUCUCACCUGCAGUCACAGCGAGCUCCGCAAGCCCAUGUACUUCUUCCUGGGCAACCUGAGCUGCCUGGAGAUGUGCUACGUGUCAGUGACCAUGCCCAGUCUGCUCGUGGGGCUGUGGAUUGGACCCUUCCAUGUGUCCUUCACAGCCUGCAUGACCCAGCUCUUCUUCUUUAUAGUCCUCAUCUGCACGGAGUGCACCCUCCUGGCCUCCAUGGCCUAUGACCGCUACGUGGCCAUCUGCCGCCCACUCCACUACCCACUGCUCAUGAGGCCCCAGGUCUGCCUGGGCUUGGCCAUGACUUCAUGGCUUGGAGGGCUGCUGGUCUCGGUGGUCAAGACGUCUUGCAUCGCCAGUCUGUCCUACUGCGGCCCCAACGUCCUCAACCACUUCUUCUGUGAUGUCUCUCCUCUGCUCAACCUGUCCUGCACUCACGUGGCCCUGACCGAGCUGGUGGACUUCAUCUCCGCCGUCGUCAUCUUCUGUGGGUCAUUACUGGUCGCGCUGGCCUCCUACGCGGCCAUCGGCAGGACCAUGCUCCGCAUGCCAUCAGCUGCCACCCGCCGCAAAGCCCUCUCCACGUGCGCCUCCCACCUGCUGGUGGUGGGCACCUUCUACGCGGUGGUCCUCUUCAUGUACUCCCACCCCAGCCGCAUCAACUCCACGGACCUCAGCAAGGUGCUGUCAGUCGUCUACACGGUGGUCACGCCCAUGUGCAGCCCCGUCAUCUACUGCCUGCGGAACAGGGAGGUCCACACGGCGCUGCAAAAAACUCUCCGCUCGCGCUGGGUCUCUGCAGUGAGAACCGACCUUGCCCACUCCCGAUUUUAAGAGAACAAAUGAUGGUCA